AUGAGUCGUGGUAGUUCUGGAGGUGAACAAAAGCCACUGAUUAACGAGAAUAAUGUGGACAUUGAUUUGGAGAUUGCCGCUGCCAAGGGCGGUGUGGACGUGCCAUUGACCAAUUAUGUCAAUGCUCAGUACUUCACGGAGAUUAGUUUGGGCAAUCCUCCUCAGCAAUUUAAAGUUGUUUUGGAUACAGGAUCGUCGAAUUUGUGGGUGCCAUCUUCGGAGUGUGGCUCGAUUGCAUGUUAUUUGCAUGAGAAGUACGACUCGAGCGCCUCGAGCAGUUAUAAAUCCAAUGGCUCGGAUUUCGAGAUCCAUUACGGAUCCGGCAGUGUUUCUGGGUUUGUGUCUCAAGACACGCUCAAGAUUGGCAGUUUGACAAUUCCUAACCAGGAUUUUGCCGAGAUCACUUCAGAGCCUGGUUUGGCAUUUGCAUUUGGCAAGUUUGACGGUAUUCUUGGUUUGGCUUAUGAUACCAUUUCAGUUAAUCAUAUUGUGCCUCCUAUUUACAAUGCUAUUAAAGAUAAGCUGUUGGACGAAAACAAGUUUUCGUUUCAUUUGGGUGACACUGCUAAGAGCGCUGCUGGAGGAACUGCUACUUUUGGCGGUAUUGACGAGGAUUUGUUUGAAGGCAAAUUGACUUAUUUGCCAUUGAGAAGAUUGGCGUACUGGGAAGUGCCUUUUGACUCGAUUGCUCUUGGCAAUGAAGUAGCCGAUCUCGAGGAUACUGGUGCUGCUAUUGAUACCGGAACUUCGUUGUUGGCUCUGCCCAGUGGACUGGCCGAGAUUUUGAAUGCUCAAAUUGGAGCCAAGAAGUCAUGGAGUGGUCAAUAUACAAUUGACUGUGCUGCUCGUGACACCCUGCCUGAUUUGACCCUCAACUUUGCCGGCUAUAAUUUCACCUUGACCGCCUAUGACUAUACACUUGAGAUCUCCGGUUCGUGUGCCUCGGCAUUCACACCCCUCGAUAUCCCUGCUCCUAUCGGACCUCUGGCCAUUAUCGGCGACUCAUUCCUCCGCAGAUACUACUCUGUCUACGACAUCGACAACAACGCCGUCGGUCUUGCCAAGGCCAAAUAG